CAAUCGAAAGUCGGUCAUGCCUGCUGUGUGGGUGUGGAUGCUCUUGGCGGUCAUGAAUGUGACACUCGGUCAGUCCAUUAGUGACCAUGCAGAUAAUGAGGUGUCGAAACCAAUUCCAGAAUACUAUGGUAGGGCCCAGCCAGAGUCCGGCAGAUUUUCGUGUAAGAAGUGUUAUCCGUAUUUGUACCCAAAAGACAAAUACUACGUGCUGCCCAAGAGAACUGCAGAGAGAAUACGCCAUAAUGUCGUAUUCCUUGUAAAAGACCGUCGAACGGGACGACCUGUCAAAGUGGCCUUUAGAAACGGCCUUAAAAAUAGUAGAAAUGUUCGUGUUUUAAAGGCUUUUAAUAACAACAAUGACCCAUGUCGUGCUAAACCAGGCAGAUGUGUAUAUCGCCUUUUCAAUCGGAAAACAUUUCGCACCUACAAGGCGGACAUCAGGACGGGAAGGAAGAAUGGCAUACGAGUUUCGGUUUUAAAGCUUAUCCCCUAAAUAAAAUAUAUAAAUUUAACAAAGAUAUGUUAGAAAGUUUAUUAGCAAUGAACUUUUCCGAAGCCCUUUUUGAUACAAAUAACCUACAAAUACUUUGUGUUACAUUUUUGAACGUAAAUAGAUGCAAGAUCUUGAGUACUUUUCUGAGCGAUUUUCAAACCAACUUUCUCGUUGCCACAAUAAAGCUAAAAUAGUGGCAGCGUUCCGUGCUCCCAAUACUCAGAGCACCCAUUCACUUGGCUGCGACCUGUCGACUGUCAUGUCUUUUCGACCGGACCUGGCCAAA